AAAAUGUGGAGAGCCGAUGCUGUUAUUCGAUUCCAGAUACUCUGUGGAGUUAAUCCUUUGGUAGGACUGGUUGGAGAAUAUGUCGAUGGAGUCCUUAACCUGUUCCUUUGUGACACUUCUACAGAUAAAGACAUGUAUCUUCAUGAAGUUCUACAGAAAGAAGGCCAUGCUCUUAUAUGUGAAACAAAUGACUAUGUAAAGAGCUUGUUUCUGUUCAGUCCUGCCAAAUUAUACUUGAAGCCUGCAUUAAAGCCCUCCAAUUUUCCUACUGCCAAGCAAGAUACUGGUUGUGAGGAUUGCAUAAAAAAGGAAAAUGAACAAAGCAAAGAUGCUACAGAAAUACAGAUAGAAAAGAAUGAAAAGCAUUUGGAAAUGCCGUAUCUGGAACCCAUCCCUUUGGAAGAGGUGUGGGAUGAAAGCUGGAUUAGCCAGUCAUCUAGAGAUAAAAAUGCCAAUGGUCCUACCAACCUUGUAAAAAUCAACAGCAGUUCAUCCGCAACGGACAUACAAGAAACAAAUCUCAAACAAAGAAUGGAACUUGAACAGCAGAUGACAUACAGCAGACUUCCGUCAGCAUCACAGCUACACAAGUCUUCCCAGAACUGCAGUGAUAGCUGGGACAGUUACUGGUCAGACUGUAAAGAAGUCAGAAUACAUGAAUUUUUCAAUGCAGGCGCUGAUUCAUUCAGAGCCGAAACAACAAAGAAGAUGAGCAACAACACUUUGUAUACGUCUUCACCACUUCAUUCAACCACAGAGUUUACUGAUGUUGAAGGUAGCAGUUCUUUGGGCUCUGUAGAAGAAACUACAGAGAGAGAUCUCUCUCUGUCUUUCCAGGAACUUGGGAUUUCAAGGCCUGCAUUAGAGCUCAGAGAACAGAAGACUGCAUUGUUGAAGAAAUCUACAGGGAAGAGUACCAAUGACCAAGAGAGAUGUGAGAUCACAAGUAAUACAGUAGAGGAUUUUUACAUCUCACUCAUCGAUCAGUCUCAGCAGUCAUCAGUUAAAAGUGUACCAACCUUGCAGAAUCUGUCUCUUGAAAGACCCCAGCAGCCUGCUGCUGCGGUAACCUGUCCAUCUGAGUACACAAAAGAUCACCACUUGAUCACAGAAAAGGAGAGAGAGAGGUCAUCAUCCAUUACCCUUCAGACCCACUGUAGCUCUGCCCAGGGAGGCACAGGGCUUCUAAAUGUUCCACGCAGCUCCACUAAGGUGGCUUUGGGUCCUUCUGCACGUAUGGCCAUGGGUACUGGACUUCUGAACUGGACACCGUGGUUCAAAAAGACCAACAUGUAAAUAAAGAUUUACGUAGUCUGUAGACGAGCAUUGAGAAUGAUACUGCCCAUUUUCUCUGUAUUGGACAAUGGAGUACUGAUACUGAUAUAGUGGAGGCAAAUUAUGCUAUUUUGUAAUACUACACAAUGAAUAUCCUUUGAGUCAAUCAUUGUCAAACUAUAUUCUGUCAAGGGAUGUUACAGCUAACCCCAGCUGAGUGAAAGCAGUCUUGUUGAAUGAAGACUACAUUGUUGUUUGGGAUAAAAACAUUAUAUACUAAUGUGCAAAGCAAAGUAAUGCAACAUUAUAUUAAUUUAUUCAUCUAAGGUAUUGUGUGUUGCCUAUUAGGACAUUUCCAAUGCUGUAUCACCCUUGCAAUCCAAGAGUGUUUUUUGCAACAAGGGAAUUGAACUUUUCCAUGAUAUCCGAGUUGAUUGUGCAAAGUAGAGGGUUGUAUAAAACAGAGUCCUCUGUAUGCAUGUAAAUGGGGCUGCAUUGUUACAGGGAACACUUUAUUUUGGAAGCAGCCUUUGCUCAACAAGACUAGAUUCAUUCAGUAUGGUUAAUCAACAUUUGAAACGAUGUUUGAUAAAUUACAUUGCAAUGUAUCCUUCGUGAACCAUCUUUAUGUUCACCAUCCAUGCAGUAUUUUGUGUUCCUUCUUUGAAGAUGGCUGUGAAGGGUAAAUUAGUAUUAAUUUGCAGUACUGUGUUAUCAGAAAACAGGUACUUCCACCAGAACAUCUUCUAUACUUCAUUUUUUUUUUCUUAGAGUGUGCUGUACAUGUUUAAUUGACAAACAAGUGUUAUGGGAAAUGCCCAGAAACUGAAAAGCACUCACAAAAAAAUUAGUUUAAGUCUAGCAUAGACACGACUUAAAGUAUUACCCGUCAAAGCCAGUAGAUAAAAGGUAGUGUGUGUACAGUAUUUCAGCAACAGUAGUUUUUAUUUGUCCUUACUAGUUUUGAAUCAUACAUUUUGAAAUGUGUUCUGCUCCUUUAUAAGUAACAGAGUUUAAAAUAUGUUAUUUUCUUUUUAAGACAAAAAAUAUUUGAAGUGUUUCUUGUGUAGUUCUUCCAGGCUGGAAAUUUCAGACAUUGUGUAAAUGCAUGUAUGUUUGUGUUUUGUGUGUGCGUGUGUGUGUGUAAGAAACACAAAUACAGGCACAUACACACCUGUCAUCAGAAACAACCCCCCCCCACACUUUCUUUAAAUAAAGACCACAGUAUCACUUAAAUGUAGUGCUCCAGUCAUAGGUUGUAGAUUUUUUGUUUUUCUUUAUACUACCGUUUUAUUAUAUGGUUUGAGAAAUGAAAAUAUAAUACCGUUUUAUUUUAUUAUGUCAUAUGUUUUGCUUUUGGAAGGUAGUGAAAGUUGGUCUUAAUAGGCAGCCAUAUAGUUUUUGUAUUGCUUCUUGUGACCAGUAGCAGAUUUUGUGUGAGCAAUGUUCUCAGCCUCUGAUAGUUAGGACUACAUUCCAUUAAUCUCUUCAUGUUAACACAGACACAGCAAUAAUGUUUCAAUUCAUCUUAGCAGGCCUGUGGAUGUUACCCUUUUAUAUACAAUGAUAAAAAAGAGACAUUAGCUUAGAAAUAUUUGACAGCAUUAGGGAAUUGUCCUGUUAUUAGUGCAGCAGAAAAUAUGCAUUUUUAACUACUGAAUACUAGAAUUCAACAGUCACACACUUAUUACACUAGUUAGUAUUUUGUUGGAAACCCCCAAAAAAUACUGUUGCUUCAUUCAUAUUUUGAGUUGCUAAUUGUAUGUGGGACUUCUGCUGCUGUUGCGAUCUGUUGAGAGACUUAUUUGCUUAGGAGUAAUGGUAACACUCAUUCACCAUCUGGACCUGCUUUGGAGGGAUCUGUUUUGAAUUCUGCCUAACGUAAAUAAAUAAUAGCAGCAAAGUUCUAUCCUGUUUGUUGACUUUCUAGACUUCUGAGCCUUAUGUAUACACUGUACACUUGCUUGGUUGCUAGCUUUAUGUGGAAGAUAUUAUGAAAAUGUCAUAUCUUUUAUUAAUAGUGUGACAAGUACUAACAUAUGGUGUUAUCACUCAAAAUGUGUUCCUUAGUAAAUCUUUUUCAAAUCUAGAAAGAAAUGUAUUUGUACCAAGGGUCUGCAUUCAGUAUUCUGACGGCAUGGGCAGUAAGAGAGUUAACAUGCUUACUUCUGCAUUACUUUUCUUGGAACAUUAAGGGAUUUAUUCACAUAUUGGUUUGAAAAUUUGAAAACUGUUACUGGAGUGGAAAAAGCCACCAUAUGAACCACAAUGCAUUAUGACACAUCAAUGUCAUACCAUCUGUGUGAAAAAAAAUGUGCAUUUUAAGUACAAUUGCUGUCCCCAAAACAAAUGUUUAAGGAAAGUAUUGUUCACUCUGGUAGAUUUGUUUGAAUAAAUUUAAGUAACUGCAAAAUGAGCAGUGUUAAAAACAUUUUUUUAUGUAUAACAAGAUGGUCUGGAGUGACAUAAGCCAAAAUAAAGAUAUUU